AUGGCGGGGCCGCGGGGGGGGCGGCCGGCGCGGCGCUGCGCCCCGGCGGGCGGCGGCGGCAGCUGCUGGGCGCUGCCCACGGGGCUGCUGUGCGCUUACGGCUUCUUCUGCAGCGUGCGGCCCUCGGAGCCUUUCCUCACCCGGUACCUGCUGGGGCCGCACAAAAACCUCUCCGAGACCCAGGUGUUCAACGAGAUUUACCCGGUGUGGACUUACUCCUACCUGGCUCUGCUCUUCCCGGUGUUCCUGGCCACGGACUACCUGCGGUACAAGCCCGUGGUCCUGCUGCAGGGCCUGAGCCUCAUCGUGACCUGGUUCAUGCUGCUGUACGCCCAGGGGCUGCGGGCUGUCCAGUUCCUCGAGUUCUUCUAUGGGAUGGGGACCGCUACCGACGUUGCCUAUUACUCCUACAUCUACAGCGUCGUCGCCGUCAACCUGUACCAGAAGGUCACCAGCUACUGCCGCAGUGCCACCCUGGUGGGCUACACCGUGGGCUCCGUGUCCGGGCAGCUCCUCGUGUCGGUGGCAGGAUGGUCCCUCUUCAGCUUGAACAUUAUCUCCUUAACCAGCAUAUCCGUUGCCUUUGGCACGGCGUGGUUCCUGCCGAUGCCGCAGAAAAGCCUUUUCUUUCACCACGUCUCGACUCAGCAGCUCGGUUGGGAAAUGAAGGUCAUGGAUUGCAAAAAUGGAUCGGCUGUCCAAGAUCAUCCCCAUGUGCAGAAGGCACCCGGCUGGGAGGAUGAGACAAAAGUUCCCUUAAAUGGGGAGGGUCGUUCAGCAGAGAAACAGUCUAUGCAGGAGCGGAAAGUAGACAUCGUGAAAGUGCUCAAAGAUCUCUGGCGGGACUUCCUGCAGUGCUACUCCUCUCGGACAUUGCUCUGCUGGUCUGUGUGGUGGGCACUGUCUACCUGUGGCUACUUCCAGGUCAUCAACUAUGUUCAGGGCCUUUGGGAGAUGGUGCUGCCUUCUCAUAGCGUGGAGAUCUACAAUGGUGCUGUGGAGGCAGCCUCGACACUGCUAGGAGCUGUUGCAGUGUUUGUUGUGGGUCACAUCAAAACAUCCUGGGCAAUGUGGGGUGAAGUGGCACUUGCCCUGUUCUCCUUUCUUAUUGCUGCUGCUGUAUAUAUCAUGGAUACUGUUCGUAACAUCUGGGUGUGCUAUGCAUCCUAUGUUGUCUUCAGAAUUAUCUACAUGCUGCUAAUCACGAUAGCAACGUUUCAGAUCGCUACAAACCUCAGCGUGGAGCGGUAUGCCCUGGUGUUUGGGGUCAAUACUUUCAUUGCCUUGGCACUUCAGACUCUGCUCACUUUGAUUGUUGUGGAUGCCAGUGGGCUUGGGUUGGACAUCUUCACCCAGUUCAUGAUUUAUGCCUCUUACUUUGCGGCCAUCUCACUGGUGUUCUUGGGCAGUGGCAUAUACAGUAUUAUGAGAGCUUACAGAAGACAAGAGCAGAUGCAAAGCAGAUCUCCUGAAAGCCAGUAGUGCAUCAAGUGAAAACUUGGUGGCUACAUAUGAAGAUAUAGGUCUGGUUUUUAAUCUCUGCCUUUUUUUCCUAAGGCAUGGUAUUUGAUCCAUAUUUAUACUAUGUUAGUAGCACAUUUUAGGAGGUAAAUGUAUUAGCUCUUACACAAGUAAGAACAAAUAUCUUAUUUCUAAAAUACCUGUUGUUCUUACGUUGCAUCUAUGGGAUGUGCAACAAAGAACAGUAAGUUUUCUCAAAGAGUAAAAGCCUUGGGAGGUUUUAGUCUAAGACUAUGCACCUGGAGGCUGCCACGGAGAAGGCACCUUCAUGACUGUCUAGUCAGCUGCUACACUUUCUGUCACUGAGGUGCUGCCGCGGGGCAGAAGGGAGGGUGCACUCCUCACAGACCUCUCUGCUGAGAGCCCCAGGCCUGGGACAGGAGGUGGCCUUAGGGCUGUGCUCCGCAGUGUGCCUCGCUGCGGUCGCCCCGUGAUGCUGGGUGCUCUGUGUUGAGGACGAGUACACUCAACGUUUCUGCACAUGUUUCCUUGAGUUACACGUACUGUUUCUGCUCUCCCUGUCUGUCACCCCUGCUGCCAGAGUUUUACCAUAGUUCAACCUAGUGCUUCCCCAAAAGCCUGUGUCCUGGGGCAACUUGUGACGCUGGUGAAUUGCUACCAGCAGCACUAAUUAUGCCAUGAAGGCCUGUGCCCAAGGCACUGUAAGGCUGGAAGGGAAGCUUAGAGGGGGUUUAAGUAGUCAAAACGCUAAUUCAAGGGACCCUUGGACAUCUUUGCCUUUGUCCUCUAGGACUGCAGCUUCCUGGGGUUACAGGAGUCACUGCCUCACAAUCCUGGGGGCUGGGCUGUUUCGGUGGGAUGGUGGAUGUUAGUGUAGUGCUGAGAAGGAAGGUGUCUUGCAGGAUUUUAAGCUAUUCUUUGUGACCUUGGAGAACCGUGACUCUGAUGACUAAAUAGAUAUGGUAAUUAGCAGGAUGACUAUCUGAGGUUUUGAAAGAUGCUGAUUUCUGGUUUGUCAGCUUUUUCCCCUUAUUUUAAAAUGCCUUUCUGGUGGGUCCUUGUCCACUAGUUCUACCUCUUCUUUCCACCUAAGCAGGACAAUGAAUGUUUGGAGUAAGCAGUUUUUAUUUUGUCCGGUCUAAGCUAUUUGGGAAUUGCCUCAUACCUGGUUUUUUUUUUUUAAUAAUUUAUUUUUUCCAAAUUUAUUCAGCACAGGGAAGGAGUUGCACAGAGUUGUCCUGGAUUCAGGCACCUGAAUGCUCAGGCACCACAAUCAGCACAGCAUCAAAUGUCCAUAGUACCAUACACUGUGGAAAUGGCCUUUGGACUGUCCCUGUUGCUGUGCAGGUUGUGGUGAGUUUAAAUGUACAGGAGAGCUGGCAAGGGAGAAGGCGCAAUGCAGCGUGCUUCCUUCCAUGCCUUCUCUCUGUGUGCUGGUUAGAGCUUCUUCCAGUCAGAGCCUGAAGCAGCAGCUCUGGUUCAUUGCUUGCUCUUAGUACCAUGGAGACUUCACAGCGUUGGGUUUGGGAAGGUGUUUCUCCCCUGGCUGGGACAGGUACGGCCUUUCUCAUCGCUUCUGUGAGCCUCAGCCUUUACUGCACAAGGUGAAUGAUUAAUGUGUUUGGGAUGUGCUGCCUGGGGUCUGGGGAGCCCCUCCAGGCUGGCUGCUCAGGGGAGCCCACUCCCCAAAGCUGCUCUGUGUUUGCAGCCCGUCUCCUAAAGCAAUCCCCUAAAGAGGGGCUCAGCUGUACUGGCAUUUACACAUGUAAACUUAACUGCCUUAUCCUGAAACGGAAACUUGAAGCCACCCAUGUAUAUAUUCCUUUGUUCACUAUUUUUUGAUUUUAAAAAAAUAAAAUCUGAAGCUAAUGGAUGCUAGCUGAUGAACUGUCCUGGGAAAGGGAUUGUAAGUGCAUAUCCUGCAUAUCCUGUCCUUUGAGUUUCUUGGUCUGAUGACGGCUGCAGCAAGGCACGAGGAGUGGGUGUACAGCACCCAUGGCAAGUGGCUGAAAGAAGCAGCUCAAUUUUAAUCACAUUUUUCAUAUAGAGAACAAAUCUUUGAGGGGGAAAACCCCAGUUAUUUAAAAGCAAGUCAAAAAUUAACUAAUUACAGCAAUAAUACUGAUUUUUCUACCAAAGUAAUGAAACUGUGGCAACUGCAGUAGAGAGGCGUGCCACACUGUGUACGUCUUCAGGCCUAUUAGUGCAUGGAAGCCACACCUGGACGUUGUUCAGGUUCCUAUGCUGUGCUGCUGCUGUGGUGAUGAGGUGGCUACAGAGCCUAAUGCCUAUGAAAUUCUGUAAACAUGUUGACAUUGCUGCUUUCUAAUUGAAUAGCUAUUUUUGUUAAAUAAAAAUACUCCGAGGUA